AUGUUGACUUUAUUUGCCAUUCUUAUUUAUGGAGCUUUAAGCAUAUAAUUUACAUUCCCAUUAAGAUCAAAAGAGUUAAAAUGUUUCGGAGAAAUUAUUGGUUAAAAUAGUUUAGUUGUAGGUUCAGUUUUGGCAAAUUCAAGCUAAUAUUCAUUGAAAAUACAUGUAUGAAUAAUCAUAAAAUAAAAGGUACCAUAAAAAAAAGUUGAUAACAUUUUACAAUAUGCUCAUAGUUUAGAAUUGCAAAAGUUUUCAUUUACAACAAAUAACACUUAAGAAAAUUAUUAAUUUUGUGUACAUAACUUAGCAAAUGUUGGAAUUAGUUUUAAUUUUACAUUGGCUACAGGAAUGGAUGCCUAAGAUUUUUCUUUAGUGGCUUAAAAAGAAGAUCUAAAACCUAUUGAAAUACAUUUGAAGAAAUUGAAUGGAUUAAUUAAUUCAGUCGAAGUAAAUUUUAUUAUAUUAUAUAUAUUCUAGCAAGAAUAAAAAGAAAUAGAAGAAAGAUAGGCUACUAGAUUUACUAAUGUUAGCAAGAUUUCAUAUAAAAUUAUUAUCUUUAGUGCAGGCACUUUGAUUUUGAUGACUUUAACCAAUUUUGUUCAAGCUCGUUAAUUAAAGAAUUUCUUUAAAUAAAAAAAGCUUAUUUGA